AUGGCCACCGCGACGCCUACCACCGAGUCGCAGCAGCUCGCGAAGAAGCGGCCCAGCGUCCUGCGCUCCAUUAUCGCUGGUUCGACGGCGGGCGCCCUCGAGAUUGCCAUAACCUACCCGGCCGAAUUCGCGAAGACGCGCUCGCAGCUCAACCGACAACUGACAGAUGGAAAGAAGCUACCGUGGCCCCCCUUCGGCGCACAGUGGUACGCCGGCUGCACAACGCUCAUCAUAGGCAACUCGCUCAAGGCGGGCAUCCGAUUCGUCGCUUUCGACCAGUACAAGACGCUCUUGGCAGACGCUGAUGGCAACAUAUCGGGGCCUAAGACGGUAAUUGCUGGCUUUGGCGCAGGUGUGACCGAAUCGGCGCUGGCCGUGACGCCCUUUGAGAGCAUCAAGACGACACUGAUCGACGACCGCAAGUCACCCAAGCCUCGCAUGCGUGGCUUCCUCCACGCAGUACCCAUCAUCGCACGCGAGCGUGGCAUCCGCGGCUUCUUCCAGGGCUUCGUGCCGACGACAGCUCGGCAGGCGGCCAACAGUGCGACUCGAUUUGGCGCCUACAACAUGCUGAAGCAAAUGGCCGAAGGCUACACGGCCCCCGGCGAGAAGCUCGGUGCUGCGGGCACGUUUGCUAUGGGCGGCCUGGCGGGUUUGAUCACAGUAUACGUGACACAGCCACUCGAUACCAUCAAGACGCGCAUGCAGAGCAUCGAGGCGAGGUCACAGUACGGAAACAGCUUCCGGUGUGCGGCACUCAUCUUUAAGCACGAGGGCGUCCUGACCUUCUGGAGCGGCGCGCUGCCCCGUCUCGCUCGACUGGUGGUCAGUGGCGGACUCGUCUUCACCAUGUACGAGAAGAGUAUCGACUUCAUGGACAAGCUGGACCCCGACGGGCGAUACCUGUAG